UGCGAAUAAAGUCGAAAAACAUAUUCAAAUUUUUAAAAUAAAUUCUUUACUUUUUUAUCAAAUUGAUUUUAGUUUCUAAAUUUAGAUAUCGUUUUUUUCACACACUUAAAACUGAAAUCAUUUUCACACAAACAUCUCGUCUGAUCUGCUCUGCUCUGUUUACUUUUUGAGCUUUUUGACUUAAUUCAAUCUGUGAUAUUUUCUCUCUCAGUCGUAACGCUAUCAAUUUUGAAAUUUUUCCUCGAGCUUUAAAAAAAGACUGAUAUACUAAUGUACUAAAAAUAAUUUUCAAAAUUCAUAGUUUUAUCAUAAAAACUACCAUACGGUGAAAUUAAGACAAUAACGGUACUUUGAGGUUAGAAUGUAUUGGUGGUGAUGUGUCAAAUUGCUAUUCGUCGCUUGGUUAUAACGUUUACAAUAAUUUCAACUUGUGAAGUGAUAAAAUAUCAAUAGUUUUCGCGAACUAAAUCCAAAAUGUUCAUUCUAGGCCGGUAAUUACUGCGAGGGUAGUUUUAAAUUGUUUAUAACCUAAAAAUGACAGGUUCAAUUUGUAAACAGUAGAUAUAAUAACCAUAUUUGACGUAAUUUAUAUGUGAAAAUUUGAUAUUUGCUUAAAAACUUAUUAUCAUUCCAUAUUUUUGUCUGUAAAAGUGCAAAAUUUGUGUAAAAAUGAAGUGGCCGUCGUUUAGUCUCAUUAUUUCUGGAGUAUUUUUGGCAUAUAUUUGUCAUUCGAUUUACAACAUCUCCCUGUUGUUCAUUCCACCCCCUUGUGAGAAAGGACAAAUUUGUUUAAGUUCUUAUUUAAGCACAAAACCAGAACUACAGCUGGACUUUUUUAGUUCUGUUAUGAGUCGUCCUCUUCAGGCAGAAACAACACAUCUUUUUUCAUCUUCAAAAUUCAACUAUGAGGAGGCACAAGACUUUCCAUUGACUUUGGAUUUACCCCGAAAAACACGGCACAAUGGCACUCUUUAUUUGCACGUAUUUUUGUCUCCAGUUUCUGGAACUCAGAAAAGAUCUUUCUACGAAUUGCAGAGGAAUAAUUAUGCAGUCUCCGUGCCGAUUAAGAUGACACAAUUCGCUAUUCCGGAGUUAAAAGGUUCCAAUUUGUUGGGAGUUGAGCAGCCCAAAGGAACUAAGAGCAGAUAUUUUAUGCAGCCUCUUUCACAUUUAAAAAGCACUGUUACAUUCACGAUCAUGACUGAUUUAAUAGAUCUUCCAACUACCCGUUUGCCUAUGGAAUUGUUACCCAGCAUCAAACAGACUCGAGAUCGAAAAUAUCUUCCAAUCAUCAAUUACAAUUUUCUCCAUACUCGUCUAAGUCACUUGGUUCCAAUCACAACGGAUUUAGAAUCUUCAAAUGUUACAGUUUCCUAUUCUCCAAUAUCAGUUGGAAAAUUAAGACUGGUUUUGCAUGUUCAAGCUGCAAUGCAGGGAAUGAAAGGAUUUAGUUUUUCUGACAAGGAUGUUGAUGAAGUUAAAGGGAUUUUGGCUGAUACGAAUUUGUAUUUAUUGGCAGGAACUGUCUUCAUUGCAGCGAUGCAUCUGUUGUUUGACUUCCUCGCUUUCAAAAAUGACGUCAGUUUUUGGAGGAGUAAAAACAAUCUCGCUGGUCUCAGCAUCCAAACGGUUGUAUGGCGUGCCUUCAGUCAGACAAUUAUAUUUUUUUACCUUCUCGACGAAGGAUCUUCACUCCUCAUCCUAAUUCCUGCAGGAAUCGGUACCAUUAUAGAGUUGUGGAAGUCCAAGAAGAUUUUAAGGGUAGAAAUCGUGAGAGGACAUGGAUUUCUUCCAAGGAUAAAAUUCAACUGGAACCAAUGUAAUUCGAUGGAAGCAAAAUCUCGAGAAUUUGAUGCGGAAAGCAUGCGAUAUCUCAGUUAUUUAUUAUAUCCACUAGUUUUUGCUGGUGCUGUCUACUCGCUACUCUAUCAGGCUCACAAAAGUUGGUACUCCUGGUGUAUAAACUCACUCGUGAACGGAGUUUACGCCUUCGGAUUUCUGUUCAUGUUGCCCCAGCUUUUCCUGAAUUAUAAAUUAAAAUCAGUCGCACAUUUGCCAUGGAGGGCUUUUAUGUACAAAGCAUUUAACACCUUCAUCGAUGACGUUUUUGCAUUCAUCAUCACCAUGCCAAUGGCACACAGAGUCGCCUGCUUCAGAGACGAUGCCGUUUUUCUCGUCUACUUGUACCAGCGAUGGCUCUAUCCAGUGGAUAAAUCGCGUUUAGAUUCGUUAACAAUAGACGAAAAUCCAGUUGGUGUCAGCGAAUCGACAAAAAAAAUCCAAUAACUCGAAAUAAGUACAAAUCCCAAAAUUCGUAUUGGUAAGAUGAUCUCAUGAGUCUUCUUUUUAACUUGUAAGUUUCGAAUAUUCCCGAGAAUACUCUCUUAUUCGAAUGCUUUUCACGUCAUUUAUAUAUUUUCGGAUAACGUCGACGAAUGCUUGAAUUGCCUGAUAAAUGAAACUUAAGUUUUGUUUACUAAAAAUAAAAGUUGAGUAUCAAUUAGGUGUGAUGAUUGGAGUUAGAUAGAAAUUAAUUAAAAUGUGAGAGUUAGAGUUAUAUGAAAUGCACAAUUUUUUUCAUCGCAAGGUUGUGGUUUGAGAGAUGAAAUAAAGUAUUUAUACGAGUUAAGUGUUUGUGCGAGGAAAUUGUGUUUAUUGCAGAUUAAUAAAUAAUGAGUUAUUUAUUGGA